CGUCAACGAAACGCGCAAACGCACGCAGCAGCCUCAAAGCUGAAAAAAACGCCUCACCCAUACAAAGACAAAGCCGAAGCGGGAGCGUUUAACGCGUUUAAAAACGCUUCGCGUGUGAAAGGAAAUUUAAAAUUUAAAUGAAGUAAGGAUCAUCUGCGCUCCACUGUUACGCUCUAGAUUCUGCCGCGUGGUGUUCUAUAUAAGAGUGAGACUCGAUCCGGAGCGUUUGUCAGAUCAUCGCGAGAUGUCGAAGCAGUCGCUUGUGCCCCUCCUAGUCCCCCUCCUCCUGCUCGCUGUGUGCCCCUUGGGGCGGGUGUCGGGCAAAAUCUUCGAACGCUGCGAGCUGGCCAGGCUGCUGCAGCAUCGGUACGGCCUACCGGCGGCGCAGGUGGCGAGCCUGGUGUGCAUUGCCCAGCACUCGAGUGACCUGAACACGGCGGCCUUCGGCGGCGGCACUGGACCCGGAGGCGGCUCCCAUGGCCUCUUCCAGAUCAGCGACGUCUACUGGUGCUCGCCGCCCGGACAGGGUGCGGGCUGUGGCUUGAGCUGCGCUCGCCUGCGGGACGAUGACAUCGCGGACGAUGUGCUGUGCGUGCGCAAGAUCUAUGCGGAACACCAGAGGAUCUCGGGCGAUGGAUUCUCCGCGUGGCAGGCCCACAGCGCGUACUGUCGCCAGGAUGCGGCCUCCUAUGUGGCCGGAUGUGGCGUCGGAACAGCUCUUUCGGUGGCUGCCUCCUACCAGCACACGCAGCAGGUGAAGCCGAACCACUACCAGGCACAGGCACAGCGCGUCCAGGGAAAGAUCUACAAUCGGUGCGAGCUGGCCCAGGAGCUGUACUACCAGCACAAGCUGCCCAUGCCCCAGAUACCCACGUGGGUGUGCAUUGCCCAGCACGAGUCCUCGUUCAAUACGGCGGCAGUGGGUCGCCUGAAUGCGGAUGGCAGUGCCGAUCACGGACUGUUCCAGAUCAGCGAUCUCUUCUGGUGCACCAACGAACGGCGGGCGGGCAAGGGCUGCCAUGCCACGUGCCAGCAGUUCCUCGACUCCAGCAUAUCGGACGAUGUGCAGUGCAUACGCAGGAUCCAUCAGGAGCACACCCAAAUCUCAGGCGACGGCUUCAAUGCGUGGACUGUCUACAAGCGGAACUGCCUGGAUCAGCGCUACGAGCAGGUGGCCGCCUGCUUUGCCAAGCCACAGGUGAUCGCCAGCCAUCCGAAUGCCAUUGGGGGAUACGGAUCGCCCGUCAAGUCCAAGGUCAGCUAUGCAUAUCAAUACGGCAGCAGCCAGCAGCAGAUCAGCAGCCCUGUGGCCAAUCAAUACUAUAAGCCAGCUCCUCCCGUGCUCAGCUACCAGCGUGAGGGCGUGAGCUAUCAGGGCAAUCCCUUCCUGAGGCCACCCCACGCUGCGCCGCAGCCCCACCCCAAUGCCAUUGGCUUCGGCGGCAAGGGCAGCCCGAGCCCAGCCAAUCCCUUCUUUAGUCACAAGCAAACACAGCACACGGCACACAAUCGGCAGCAGUAUCAGUAUCUGCAGAGCACAACACCAGUACACUCCACACAGUCGACACAAAGCACAGCAGUAGCCACAUUCAAAUCCCGAACGGGUACGGGUACGGGUAAAGUUUUCAAACGCUGCGAAUUAGCCCAAGAGUUGUAUUUCUCACACAAAUUUCCAAUGCAGGAUAUAGCCACCUGGGUGUGCAUCGCCGAGCAUGAGUCCUCCUUCAACACGGCGGCCGUGGGGCGCCUCAAUGCGGAUGGGAGUGCCGAUCAUGGUCUGUUCCAGAUCAGCGAUCUCUACUGGUGCACUCACGGAGUGGUAGGUGGAGGCAAGGCCUGUCACAUUGAAUGCGACCGCCUGCUGGACUCGGACAUCUCCGAUGAUGUGCAGUGCAUCAGGACGAUUCACGAGGAGCACACGCGACUGUCGGGAGAUGGCUUCAAUGCCUGGACCGUCUACAGCGGUCACUGCCGACACCAGAGCUUGGCCAUGUUGAGCGACUGUUUCGAUGGCAACGAAAUAGAGGAGGCGCAGAAGCCGAGUCCGUAUGCCGAACGGCCGCAGGUGAAGCCAAAGCAGGGGAUUGUGGAUAAGACUCAGCAGAAGAUCGCUGCCAGUCAUGGAUAUGCGGGUAAUCCGUUUCUACAGAACCUACUGGCAGUGAAGACCCCGCAGGGAUCUGCUCCAAAAGAGAAGCCCACUCCAUCCGCAAGCCUAGACAGUUUUCCAUCGACAAGGCCAAACUACGACCACAAUCCCUUCCUCAAGGCUCCUGGCUCAGCCCGUCCGUCUGCCACUUCGUUGCAGAGUUCUGUGCAGUUAAAACCCAAUGAGAAUCUCUCCUAUGCCCAAAACCCAUUCCUCCACCCCCAGGCACUGGCAAGGCCAGUCGUGCCUGCUCGAGUACCCGUACCCACAGUCAAGCCCUCAGCCUCAACGAAGUCUCCACAACGUGUAACCAGACCAUACAUCAGCAGCGACAGCUUCCGCAAUGAAGUGAUCAAGUUUACGGCCACAUCUUCAGCUACAACAACAACAACAACAAAGCGUCCCAUAACAACAACAACAAAGCGCCCCAUAACAACAACAACAAAGCGCCCCAUAACAACAACAACUACUACUAAGAGCACUGCCAAAACAACUGUGCGAGCGACAUGGGCAUGGCAAACUACCGCUAAAACAACGACACGCCCCCCGUCGCCAACGAGAGCUACAACAAGACGUAGUAGCUCAACGGCCACAAGCAGCACGCCCAAUCCGAAAACAGCAACAAGACCUGUUACUCGUUACCAAGCAAUAACGAAACCAACCACUCGUUCCACAUCAACAACACGUCCAGCCACCACUCUGCGAACUGUGCCUACCACCCGCCCAUCAACAACAGCGAGACCUAUAACGCGUUAUACAACUGUAACUAAGCCAUUGACUCGUUCCACAACGACAACAGCCCGUCCAGCUACAACAACUCGUCCAGCUACAACAACUCGUCCAACGACAACCACUCGCCCCGUUCCCAGAACUCGCCCAUCUGCCUCAACCAGAUAUACGACACGGUACACAACCAGAGCUACAAAUCGCACAGAACCCACCACUCGUCCAACGACAACAACUCGCCCUGUUACCAGCACUCAGCCAUCUGCCUCAACCAGAACUACAAAUCGCACAGGACCCACCACUCGUCCAGCUACAACAACUCGCCCUGUUACCAGCACUCGUCCAGCAUUAACAACGAGAUCUACAACUCGCUAUGCUGCCGUAACGAAAACCAGCCAACGCACUACAGCGAGACCAACAACUCGUUACACAGCCAACACUCUCUCGAGCACCACCCCAAGGCCGUACCUGUUCACAUCGACAACAACAACAACAGCACCGAAGCGUUCCACCACGGCAGAUCCAUUUAGUCAUCCUUUCUUCCAAAAAUUCAAGGCUAAGUUUGAAAAUACAUCCGCUCCUGUUGUACCGAACAAAAAAGCCACAACAGCGGCACCAACGCGUCAAAGCCAGAGCAGCAGCACCAGCAGUCCGUACUACGCCAAAUAUCAGGAGAACAAAGCCAAAGUGGCAGCCAAGACAGUUUUCUCCUACGGAUUCGGCCAGAAUCGAACGACAACGAGGCGACCUGAGAGUCCAACAACCCAAAUAGCAUCAAGAGCGGCAAAGUCCCCCUUCGACGUGUAUCUAAAUUGGAACAAAAACUAAUGGGCUGCAAAGAGCUGACUUUAGCAAUGGACGGGAAUGGGGCUAUGACACUUUUAAGACUUGUAAAUACGCGUUAUUGAUUGAUGUAAUACGGCUAGUUCGGCAUAAUGGCAGAAUACUCAUGCAUUAUUAAUCGUAAGCAUUAUAAAUAGGAUUUAGAUAAUAAAACAAAAAUUAAAAUACACACAUGCGAAUGCGAAAUGUACGAAAA